CUUACACUCAAGUGGAGUUGCGAUUACGAGUUGUUGGCUCGUACUCAAACGUACAGUAGAUGCUUGUGUAGUGUAGUUUGUUUGCUAUGUAGAACAAUGUAAAAGUAUAUAAUUUGCGUGCAUUUGGAUAAAAAAGUUUUACGUACAUAACGGAAACCUAAUUUAAUUUUUAACGCUUGUAACGGCAUUGUAGCAGCCAAAUAGAGGAAGUUAAAGCUUAGCUGUAGAUUGUAUGUAGAAUUAGCGAAAAGUCAAACAACUGGAAAAUAUUUUGUUGUAGAAAAAUUUUUGGUGCGAAUAACUCCAUUAAUUUAAGAAGAACAAGAGACAACUAAGUAGCAGCAAAACUCAAAAGAAACUUUAGAAGAACAAAGAGCGCACGACAAAGCGUCGAAAAGGACGGUAUAAAAGGGCGAAUAUAACGCUUGGAAAAAGAAUAUCACAGGCAGGUGCUGAUUAAAGGCUUUUGCUUUUAGAAAAGAUAAAAGAUUGCAGAUGUUAAAUAAAUAAAAGAAAAAAACACCAUUUAACAGCGAUUUUCAAAACAAUUUUGAAGUUAUCAAACAACAAUAACAACAACAAAAAAAUUAAACAGCACGAAUUUCAAGUAACAGACAAACUAAUUUAAAUUGACGCGUAUAAAAAGUGACAUCAAAAAUUUGCAAAGAAAAAUUGCACAAAAAGUUGAAAAAGUGCAAAGUGUAUUAAAAGCGUGCAAAUUGAGAACUACAAAAUAACGCUAGUGUUUUUUGUCAAAACUCGAUAGGGUUGUGGGCAUCCUUUCAAGUGUCAACACCAGCAUAACAAAAACAUUACGUAAAUUUUAACCAUAAUUUUUUUGUUGCAAUUUCUCAGUAAGCAGAGAAAAAGCGUGUAUUUAAAAAUAAAAAAAAAUUAAAUUAAAAUAAAUUUACGCCUUAGCGGAAAAACAUGUCAACGCCAACAGCAUUGUCCUUUGCAAGGAUGUGGCACAAUCAACAUACAAACCAGCAAGAACAAUCUUCACGCAAAAUGCAACGUGCAACGCGCUCACUAUUCGCACGUUAUUGGCCUUUAGCCAUUAUUUUGGUGCUACAAGUGUUGUUGGCCAACAACCAAGUGAACGCCAUCGAUUUGAGUCGUCUCUACGGGCAUAUGGCAGCUGCUAACGUACAGAAGAGAGGCGAGGCUUGCCAUCCGUACGAACCAUUCAAAUGUCCCGGUGAUGGUAAUUGCAUUUCGAUUCAGUAUUUAUGUGAUGGUGCGCCCGAUUGCUCCGAUGGGUAUGAUGAGGAUAUGAAACUGUGCACGGCAGCUAAACGCCCACCUGUUGAGGAGACCGCCUCAUUCCUGCAAAGUUUAAUCGCCUCGCAUGGCCCCAAUUACUUAGAAAAGUUAUUCGGCAGCAAAGCUCGUGACGCCUUAGCACCGUUGGGCGGCGUAGAGAAGGUUGCUAUAGCCUUGAGCGAAUCACAGACGAUUGAAGACUUCGGCGCCGCAUUACAUUUGAUGAGGUCCGAUUUGGAACAUUUGCGAUCAGUUUUUAUGGCUGUUGAAAAUGGUGAUCUGGGCAUGUUGAAAUCUCUCGGCAUUAAGGACUCCGAACUCGGCGAUGUGAAGUUCUUUUUGGAGAAAUUAGUCAACACCGGCUUCUUAGACUGAGUCGCGCCAGAUCCCGCUUCUGGAUUUUAUUAUGCACACUCACAACCCAUCAAUCCAAAUUUUUAUUCGUAUUUGGGCACACCCUAUGACAACUACAAUUACUAAAUAGUUCUUUAGUGAUGGUAGAUGGUUGUAGAGUGACGCUUAAUUCGCGAAUAAAAAUCACACUCAUAAACAUAACAAACAAAAACACACAAACAUACAAGCAUACAAGUUACAACAAAACUACAAAUACAAACGCAGGUAGAUACAGUGGUGUAUAAAAAAAAAAUAGCAAAAACACAUGAAAAUAGGCAGUUAGUUUGAAAAACAAUUCUUUCUCAAAGUUUAAAGCAAAACAAAAAAAAAA